ACAAGUGAACCCAAGGAUUCGAGCGUUUACUUUAAAACGUCUGUUGAGUAUUUAAAUUGGUUUUCGGUCUAUUGAGUUGUUUUGGGGGUCAAUUGUGACGAUUUCCUUUUUACUACAGUAACGUUAGAGCAAUGGCAAAAGUACAAGUGCUAAAUGUAGCUGUCCUGGACAACCCAAGUCCAUUUGGAAACCCGUUUCAAUUCGAAAUAACGUUUGAGUGCAUGGAGGACCUUCCCGAGGAUCUCGAAUGGAAGAUUAUUUACGUUGGCUCAGCAGAAAGUGAGGAGUAUGAUCAGACUCUUGACUCUGUCCUGGUUGGUCCAGUUCCUGCAGGCCGACACAUGUUUGUUUUUCAGGCAGAAGCUCCAAACCCUGCCCUCAUACCUGAGAGUGAUGCUGUGGGUGUUACUGUUGCUCUGAUCACAUGCACAUACAGAGGACAGGAGUUCAUACGCAUCGGCUACUAUGUUAACAAUGAGUAUACGGACGCGGAGCUUCGUGAGAACCCGCCCAUUAAACCCAACUAUGGACAGCUUCAGAGGAACAUUCUGGCUUCCAAUCCUCGUGUAACCAGAUUUCACAUCAACUGGGAGGGAUGUGCUGAGAAAAUGGAGGAUUCGGAGAACGUGGACCCCGCACCUAACGCCAUGCUGCCGCCGUCCUGCACCCCAGGAAAAGCCCCUCCGCUGGGACUGGUGCCAGACAACUCAAUGGACUGUUUGUAGUGACGCAGGCUCCUGUGAAUAAUCCUCACAUCUCAAGGCUCAUCCAUGAGCUCAGGUCAAUCUGGACACUGUGGAGGAGAGGCGGGAAAUAACACAUCAGAGGGGGUUAUCUCAUUUUGUUACAGUUGUCACGCCUGAAACAAAUCAGUGGUGUGACUGUGCACAAUAUCCUCCGGUACGCAAUAAACAUACUUGCUUUUCCGUUUGAAACCUGAAUGGAGAGCUGGUGAGUCAUGUCUCUGAGACAUGAUUUAGGUAUUAGGAUGUGCUGCAUCUAAUGCCGUUUGAUCCAAACCCGAUCCAUUCUCAAACUGAAAGGCAUGGAAGAUCAGCUCAGUUGAUAAGAUGUCAGAUGCAUAAUUCAUUUAACAGACACAAUCAGCAAUACUUGUGUGAAAGGUUGCAGCUACUCUGGAUGAUUUUUUUGUGGGUGGGACUGUAUUAUAUUGUGUAUAAAUAUAUAUAUAUCUGUCUUUUUGUAUGCCAGUUCUCCUUGAAAUAAAUGUUUUGAUACGUGACAA